AUGAAAAUACUUUCUGUUUUGCUCUGCAUCUUCACAGGCAUCUGUACAGACCAGAGUUCUGUCCAGCAGGAGAUUGUGGAUGUUCACAAUGCCUUCCGGAGGGCUGUGGAGCCGUCUGCCAGCAACAUGCUGAAAAUGAGCUGGAGCGAUGCCGUGGCACAGUCCGCUCAGGGCUGGAUUGAGCAGUGUAACAUAACACACGGACCGCCAAGCAGCCGCUUGAUUGACGGAUAUGAAAUGGGUGAAAAUCUCUUCAAGGCCUCUGAACUUUAUUCAUGGACUAAGGUGAUAAAUGCCUGGCAUAGCGAAGUCAACAAUUAUGAAUAUCCCAGCGGAUCUGCCAACGGUCAUCUGAUUGGACAUUACACACAGGUGGUGUGGUACAGCUCGUAUGAGGUCGGGUGUGCCGUGGCUCAAUGCGGAAGCUUGUACUUCUACGGAUGUCAUUACUACCGCGCAGGGAAUUUCAAAGGAGUCCCUCCGUACUCUCUGGGCGCUCCAUGUGCCUCCUGCCCGGAUGACUGCCAAGACAAUCUCUGCACUAACCCCUGUCCGUACAUCAACACGUACACCAACUGUGACGCCUUGAUAGAAGAGGCCACUUGUGAAAACUCCAUCGUGAGCGAGGGCUGUCCAGCCAGUUGUCUGUGUGAAGACAAAAUCAUCCCUAUUGCGAGGAAAUGAAAUUUUCUAUGGCUAUAUUACAUGAAGUACAGCCAUAUUUUGAUAGUUGUAGCAUCUCUUUCCUAUAAUGUGAAACAUACAUAUUCUAACUUCUUUCUAUUUCUAUUCUUUCUAUGUGGAAUACCUCAAAUAUGAUUAAAAAUCAAGGGUACUGUACUUUCAUAAUAUAAUGAAAUAGGCCAGUCUGCAUUGUUUUGCAUUGUUACCUCAACUGUUUUUUUUUUCUUCAGUAAAGCUUAUGCAAUCACAUAGCAGUAAAGCUAUUUGUGUUUUAUGAGCCUUGUAAACCCAGAUACUGAAAACAAUAGCACAACUUAAGACUGUGAAAACAGGACAAGUGACUUCCGUCAGUCAAACAUUCAGUCACUGUAUGUGUAGUGUAGAUUUGUGCACUUGCUGAAAUGUUCAUGUAAUGUUUUCUGCAACACUGCACUAUUUUAUACAAUCACAGCACUUUAUUAAAAUGAUUUUAAUUCGAGUAA